AUGCCUUAUGUUCACAGGAUCUGGAGGAUCUAUAAAGCAAGAGACCCCAGGUGGGGCCGCUCCCAGUGGAAAGAACCUGUACUCCAACUCCAGGACUUUCUGGCGCCGCUUCUGCUGCUGUUCUGCGUUGCUACUCCUCCUCUUCGAUUCCCUUCACCUCUUCACCGUCACCAUUGCCUUCCACCACUCAGUGUCUUACCCUUGCCCACAAUGUUACUCUGGCACAACCAACCAGAACAUCUGUGGCCCAGCCCAGGGGAACUCUACCCCUGUCCCACUAGCAAUCUGCUCAGCAGGGAGCCCCUGGCACUGCCGUACCUGAAGCAGGAGGACCCUGCCAGCAUUUCUACCUCAGACAUGCACUGCCCAGUCUUCCAAUAUGUCCUCUGUGCUGUCACCUCUCCCGCUGUCAAGCAACAUGAGGAAACACUCACCUACCUGAACCAGGGUCAAUCCUAUGAAGUCCGGAUGCUCUGUAACCCCAAACUAGGGGACGCUUCCCAGUGGCCUCGACUGCUGAAAAGUGUGGUACGUGUGGUCUUCCACGACCGACGCCUGCAAUACACGGAACAACAACAGCUGGAAGGCUGGCGGUGGAGCCGUCCAGGGGACAGGAUACUGGAUAUUGGUGAGGGGAGGAAGGGGGAAAGCCCUCCUCAUGGGACUUCCCUGCAUCCGUGGGGACCUGGGGAGGGGGCUUUGGGAGUCUGGGAUGUGCCCCUAUCAGUGGGGGUGAUAGAGCCCCAGGUACUGCCCUCACUCCUCAACACAGUGGAGUUUCUCUGGGAUCCUGCAAAAAGGACAUCUCUCUUCUUGCAGGUUAAUUGUAUCAGUACAGAGUUCACCCCUCGAAAAAAUGGUGGGGAGAAGGGUGUCCCCUUCCGCAUCCAGAUUGACACCUUCAAACCAGCUGACAAGGGGAUACCUGUAGAGCACCUGCACUCAGCCAGCUGCCUCAUAAAAGUCUUCAAGCCUAAAGGGGCUGACCGGAAGCAGAAAACAGACAGAGAGAAGAUUGAGAAGCAGUCACCACAGGAGAGAGAAAAGUACCAGCCAGCCUAUGAGACCACUGUCUUCACAGAGUGUUCACCAUGGCCUGAAACCUCUACUGGUCUUCAUGCCUCUCCCAGCCCUUCUGGCCUGACUUCUCCCCAUUCUUUCAAGUUCCUGACCCCUGAGAGGAUCUGUUCUUCCCCACCCUUCUCCCUGGACAGCUCAGUGGACAGCCCGGGUGAGGCUCUCAGCCCUGGGGCUUCCAUCUCAGAGACACAGCAGUGGUUACACCGUCAUCGAUUCUCUAGCUACUGCAGGAUGCUGGCCAACUUCACUGGUGCAGAUUUGCUAAAACUCUCCCGCCAGGACCUCAUCCAGAUUUGUGGAGCUGCCGAUGGAAUCCGUCUCUCCAAUACCCUGAAAGCCAGGCCGAUCCGUCCCAGACUUACCUUGUAUGUGUCUCCAGAGACCCUGAAGCCAGGAAGUGAGACCCCACGGAGUCCAGACUUGGGGUCUUACCAGCAGGUUUAUCUGGAGGAGCUCAGCACUGCUGAACUGACUGGAAAACUGGCUGAACUCUUGUCUCUCCCAGCCAAUCAAAUCCAUCAGCUAUUUCACAAAGGCCCAACUGGUAUCCAUGUACUCAUCAGCGACCUGGUGGUCCAAAAUCUGGUGGAUGAAUCCUAUUUUGUGGCUGUGGCAAAGAAAGUGCAGAAUCCAGAUGGCUACCAUUUGUUUCUGAGUUAG